AUGGCCCUCCGAGAACUGUGUUUCUUCUUCCUGGUGGGCCACCUGGUUCUGUACAACCCGAAUCGACGAAUUUCCACUGCCAAAUAUGCUGCACAGCGACGCAGCCGCGGGAAUCAAGAUCCUGGAGAUGUAUACGCGUAUGUAUACGUGCAACUGGAUGAAGGGCCUGCGGCACGCCUGGAUGCAGCUUACCAGGCCCUGGCCAAUUUAUGGAACCGAGGGGUUCCGGAGAACAACGUGGCCUGGCUGGCCUACGUGGGAUCCUUCCAGGAUCCGCUGAAGCACGUGCGCCUGCUGCAUAUGGACAGAAUGCUCCGGAAGAGCCUAUGUCGGCACAUGGACGAGAGAAGUGCGGACCACAUGGCUGGCUACAUGGUGGACUACGUCAGGGACCUGGACCGACCUGUUCUACAUUCCCACCCUGCUGGCACUGCUGGCCCUGUUCCCGCUGUUGGACGACGAUGGACGACAGGAGUUCCAACAAUGGUUUCGGGAUUACCCGAUUACUCGCGGAGAAUGCUGCCUACUGAAGAGAGGUCGUCCAGCUCGAGGGGGCCUGCGGCCUAG